AUGAAAAGGCGUGAAGUACCUUGUCCUGAGCUCGAUGUCAACUCCUUGAAAAGGAAAUCCCCGGGUGAGCGAAAUCCGGCAAAAAAUUGCAAGAGACCGAAGAAAGCAGAGGUUAACUACCUUCCUCCACAUCCAAGUGGAGAAACUAGCAACAGUCUGGAGAUGGAGAGACAGGAACUUCUCAAUGAGGUAAAGAAGAAGAAUAACAACAAGGUGAUUGAAGAAAAAAUGUCUAAAACAUUCUCCAUGCGAAGGCUUGAGGUUGUGAGUGGAACUCCAGCAACGGCUGACUUCAGAGAACGAUGGCCUGCAUUGUUUUGUGAAGAUGGGAUAAAAGAGGAAUUCCGCAGAAUUACCACAAUUUCCCUGGAGCAGAGCUUCAUCUACAGACUUGACGCCUACACACCCAAGCUUCUAACCCUGAUGAAGGCCAAGGGGGGUGUAGUGGGGACCAAACUGAGGCCUUUCCUGUUUAAACUGAGUCAGAAGCAAAGCAUUGAGAUGAGACGGGAAACUGUUAUCCGCAGCUUCAUUCUGUACCUCGGCGAGGAGGGAGAGCAUCUUUUUGAAGAUUGUCAGGAGGACCACCGCAGUGAUGCUACUGAAGAUCUUGGUCGCCCAUGGUGCUUCUGA